UAUAUAUAUAUGAAGAAAUUGAUUGAAGGGAGACAAACUACUCAUUCAUCACCAAAUUAAUCAACACACCCUUUUGAAUAUAAAUGGCGGAAAAAUCAGCUGAUCAGGAAAUUGUGUACGACGAAUUUGAACCCUAUUGCAAAUGGCAACGCAAGGAAGAUCGCGACUUUCUUGAAAUCCACCUCCAAGACUUCAAAAAGGAGCAGCUGAAAGUGCAAAUAAGCAACCAUGGGGUGCUGAAGAUUUCGGGAGAGCGGCCAAUAGAUGCUUCGAAGCACAUGAAAUUCUACAAAGAGGUGGCUGCCCCCAACACCAAAUACGACACCCACGCAAUCCAUGCCAAAUUCAUCAACAACAACCUCCUCAUCACAAUGCCAAAGCUCAAACCCCCAUUGCCUGAGCCGACGGACACAUCCGCGCCUCCGCCGCGUCUACGAGGAAAUGUACCGGCGGCGACGGUGCAGUACCAGAUGAAAUCCUGUCGGAAGCGGCCGUUCAUGGGCUCCAAAUUGGCGAAGAUGGCGGCGAGCCUCGCGGUGGCUGCGGUGGUGCUCGCUGCUUAUGUGCAUUUUCUGUAUAAGUCGACCGUUGGUCAUGACUCAGUUAGAAGUUGAAUUUGUGUAUUUGGUGUUGUUAAUAAAGUUAUUGAUGUGAAAUUGCAUUGAUGAUAAUUUGUUUGUUA